AUGAUCCCACGGUGGCUGCUGCUCUCAUUGAGCCUGCUGCUGGUCUGGGCCAACCUCGCAGCGGCAGGCAACGAACCCAAAGUCGUCACACACAAGCUCAACAAGCCGCCGGGAGAUCUCUUCUACUUCCAAGGUACAAACACCAUCCUCUACCGCGACGAACGCGAAACGGCACACGUCUCCUUCGACGGCGGCGAGAAAUGGGAGGUCAUCAAGGGCAAGGAGGGCACAAUGGAGGGUGCGGCCCUGUUUAUAUACAAGCACCCUUAUGAUCAGGAUCGCGCUUAUAUCCUGGGCAAGGAUGGCAAUCAUUGGAUCACGACGGAUCAAGCGAAGUCCUGGAAGCUAUUCAAGGUCGACCUUCAGCUCUCCAUGUUCAGCUCCCCUCUUGAGUUCAAUGGGUGGGAUGCGAAGAAGGUUAUUUUCAUGGGAGCGGACUGCUCGCUGCCUUUCUGCCCGCCUCGAACUUUCUACACCACCAAUGAUUUCGCCGACGUGAAGCCCCUACGUGAGCUGACGCUCCAGUGCAUGUGGGCUGCCAGCCGCCCGCAGUUUGGACAUGAUAUCGACGUUCCAAAGUCUGUCGGGGAUCGAGUGAUGUGUGUUGUCCCUGGAUUGCGGGGACCAUUCGACCACACUGUUACGGAGCGGUUGAUAUACUCGGAUAACUACUUCAAGGACGACGAUGAAGGCGUGGAUGCGAAGCUUGAUCACGGUCGACCUUUGAGUGGUGUUAGCGCGCAGAUCCGAUCUGUGACCAAGUACUUGGUCGCGCGAAUUCAAUCCCGCGGAACACAAGAACAGGCGCUCUAUGUCAGUGACGACGCGACUGUCUGGCACCGCGCAGAGUUCGGUACACACCGCAUUGAAGAAGACGCAUAUACCAUACUGGAAAGCACGAACUACAGUAUCCAAAUUGAUGUCCAGACGACCAUGCACAAGAACCGCAUGGGAAGUCUUUUCUCGUCCAACUCCAACGGCACUUAUUUCACUCGCAACAUCGACCAUACCAACCAGGAUUUGAAUGGAAUUGUCGACUUUGAAAGAGUCACCGACAUCCAGGGGAUCACCAUCGUCAACACGGUCAAGAAUUGGGAAGAAGCGGAGAAGUCUGAUUCGAAGGAGAAGAAGCUCGUCACCAGUAUCAGUUUUGAUGAUGGAAGGACUUUCCAGUCUCUCAAGGCUGAUAAAGAUGAGCUGCACAUUCACUCCAUGACAACCUACCUCGAGAUGCGCAAAUUGCCGGUGCCUGGCCACAGAAUGUUUUCCAGCCCCGCCCCAGGACUGGUCAUGGGAGUGGGAAAUACCGGUGAUCACCUCAAAGACUAUAAGGACGGUGAUCUCUACGUAUCCGACGACGCUGGUUUGACUUGGCGACGCGCGCUCAAGGGCCCGCAUCGCUACGAGUUCGGUGACCAGGGCGGUGUCAUCCUCGCCGCCAGCGACAGCAAGACGAAGAAACUCCAGUACUCUAUCGACCACGGCAAGGAAUGGGAGUCGAUCACUUUGGAUCACGAGAUCUUUCUGGUUGUUGGUAUCUCAGCCGAGAAGGAUGAGCAAAGCAUCAUCAUGAAUUUCAUCGACUUUGAUGGUCUGCAUGAACGCGAGUGUGGCUCCGGUGAUCUGGAAGAGUGGACCGCCCGACUGGACGAGAAGGGUGAGCCUGAUUGUCUGAUGGGACAAAAGCAAUUCUUCCACCGUCGCAAGUCGAGCGCGGACUGCUUCAUCAAGAAGGAAUUCGCUAUCGCUGGUCCUGAGUUCAAGCCCUGCAAGUGUUCCGCGGAAGACUUUGAAUGUGACUACAACUUUGUUCGCAGCGAGGACCGCAAGGAAUGUGUCCCCGCUGUUCCAUUGACCCCGCCAGCUGGGAAAUGCAAUGAGCCCACCGAUAAGUACAUGGGUCCCUCCGGGUGGCGGUUGAUCCCCGGCAAUGCCUGUAUCCGCGAAGGGGGCGAAGACCUCGAGAAACAGGUUGAACGCUCGUGCUCGAACACCACAGGCUCCGCCCCCGGACAAGCCGAUGGCAAGCCUCGCGCGGGCAAGCCGCAUUCCGUCUCUGCUAAGCAGACCAUGUACUUCUACCUCGAGCGACAGGCUAGUAACACCGGAACGGAUGAGACGAUUCUCAUGCUUACGGACAAGGCCGAGCUCUACAUCUCCCGCGACCAUGGCCACAACUGGAAACUUGCUGUCAAGGACAAGAUUAUUGAAAUGGCUCAGCACCCUUACUUCAGUGAUGGUGCUUUCUUCAUGACUGACAGCAAGAAGGUCUGGUACACGAUCAACCAUGGAGACUCCUUCCACGAGUUCACCGCCCCCAGUCAGCCCAACAAAGAAAACCUCCCGACGCUUGCUUUCCACGAGCAAAAGCAAGAUUCUCUGAUCUGGAUCGGCAACAAGGACUGUGAUGGAAAGGAAUGUCGCUCGGAGGCAUACAUCACCGACAAGCGUGGCGCUAGCUGGGACCCGUUGCUUAUUGGAGUCGGCAAAUGUGAUUUCGCAGCGCACGAGGGCCGCAACAACAGCGACAACUUGGUUAUCUGCGAGCAGUACAAGGGCGAGGAGAAGAAGAACGACCGACAAUUGGUCUUCAGUGAUGACAAGUUCUCCACCAAGGAAACACCGUACGAAAACAUCGCUCACUACGGCACAAAGAACGACUUUAUCGUCGUGGCCUGGUACGGUAGUGCCGACAAGAAUUACCUCAAUGCUAGCGUCAGCGUCGACGGUCGCAAUUACGCGGACGCGAACUUCCCCUUCAACAUCAACGUUCCUUCAUACACCAUUCUCCAGAGCUCCCCGCACGCUCUGUUCCUGCUGGUCGGAGGAGGCAGUUUCGGCUCUCUGGUCAAGUCGAACAGCAACGGCACCUACUUCGUGCAGAGUCUCGAGGCUGUCAACUUGAAUGAGCGUGGCAACGCCGACUUUGACAUGAUGGAGGGUCUGGAAGGUGUACUUGUCGCCAAUGUCGUUUCCAACGCCAACGAGGUUCAGACCAAGGGAAGCGCUAAGAAGCUUCGCACUGUUAUCACGCACAACGAUGGAGGACAGUGGGCGUUCGUGCCCCCUCCGGCAAAGGACGUCGAUGGCAAGAACUUCGCCUGCGCAGUAACUGAGGGCGAGGGCACUGAUCACUGCGCCCUUCACUUGCACGGCUAUACCGAACGCCGCGACUACCGCGACACAUCGUACUCAGGCUCCGCUAUCGGGCUCAUGCUCGCACUGGGCAAUGUUGGCGCCAACCUCGGUCCUGUCUCCGAUGCAGAUACAUUCCUCACCAAUGACGCUGGUAUCACCUGGACCCAGGUUAAGAAGGGUCAAUACAUGUGGGAAUACGGUGCUGCAGGCUCGGUGAUCGUUCUCGUCGCCGACCGCAAGGCCACUAAGGUUGUACAUUACACGCUCGACGAGGGCGCCACCUGGAACGAGUUCCAGUUCGCUGAAAAGGAACUUGUCAUUGACGAUAUCUCGACCGUUCCGUCCGAUACCUCUAAAAACUUCCUUCUCUGGGGUAUGGACGGAGGCAAGCGUGUGACUAUUCCUUUGGAUUUCAGCGGUAUCUGGAGUCGGGAUUGCAAGGAUGACGAGAACGACUACUUUAUGUGGACGCCUAGCCACCCCUUCCAAGAACAAAACUGUCUCUUUGGCCACGUCCAGGAGUAUCACCGCAAGAAUCCCAAAGCCGAAUGUUGGAAUGCCUGGCGCGAGCCUCACAUCCACAGCAUCGGCCGGAACUGCACAUGCACACGCGCUGAUUUUGAAUGUGAUUACAACUACGAAAUGCAAAGCGACGGCAGCUGCGGUCUGGUCCCCGGACUGCCCAAACCCAACCACAUCACCCAAUGCUCCGCAGACCCCGAGAAGGUCGAGUACUGGGAACCCACGGGCUACCGCCGUAUCCCCCAAACCACCUGUGAAGGGGGCUUGACGCUUGACCAAGAUGUCUCGCACCCCUGCCCGAACAAGGAAGAAGAAUACAACAAGAAACACGGCAUCAGUGCUGUGGGACUGUUCUUCGCGAUCGUGAUCCCGAUUCUCGCCGCCGUCGCCAUUGGCUGGUACGUGUACACGCACUGGGAUGGCAAGUUCGGGCAAAUCCGUCUGGGUGAGGGCAAUGUCACCUCCAAUCGCGAUGCCUUUGCGAUCCCCGUUGCUAUUAUCGCGGGCCUGGUUGCCGUUGCGCAGGCCGUGCCGCUUCUCGUCAGCAGUCUGGCGCGGAGUGCGAGCGGGUUGUUCAAGAGGGGCCAGCGGCCUUACGCGACACGUGGCUCGUUUGCUGCUCGGCGUGGUGACUACUCUCACGUUGUCGAUGAUGAGGAUGAAUUGCUGGGGGCUGAUGAUUUUGAUGAUGAAGAAGAGGCUUGA